AUGGCUCUUCACACACAUUUCAUCUCUAUCUCUUUCACUGUUUUGUUAGUCUCCUUGUUCCUCCCAAGUCCUCAGUCUUCUAAUGUCUUUGCAAGUCCUGCAACAUUGAAUUAUACAGAUAAUGAUUUUCUUGAAUUCCCUUUAAAUUUGGAGUUUUUGGAAGCCGAGUUCUUUUUAUAUGGUGCAUUGGGCUUUGGGCUCGAUGCUAUUGAUCCAAAAUUGGCCCAAGGAGGCCCAUUACCAAGUGGUGCAAAAUUAGCCAACCUUGAUCCUCUUACAAAGGAUAUUAUCUUGCAAUUUGGCUAUCAAGAAGUUGGGCAUUUAAGGGCGAUCUUGAGCAAAGUGAAAGGGUUCCCAAGGCCAUUAUUGAAUUUGAGCAGCGAAGCAUUUGCCACAAUAAUGGACAAUGCUUUUGGAAAACCAUUGAACCCACCUUUUGAUCCUUAUGCCAAUUCUAUAAAUUACUUGCUUGCCUCUUACGUUAUUCCUUAUGUUGGUCUCACUGGCUAUGUUGGAGCCAUGCAUUUGCUCCAGACUGAAACUGCCAAGGAGCUUGUGGCAGGACUUUUGGGAGUAGAGUCAGGGCAAGAUGCAGUAAUUAGGACAUUGCUAUAUGAGCAUAAAGAUGAACUUGUGCAUCCAUAUGAAGUGAGUGUGGCAGAGUUUACAAAUCGCAUCUCUAUUCUUCGAGACAAGUUAGGGAAAACUGGUAUCAAAGAUGAGGGACUUGUUGUAGCAAAUGACAUAGGUGCAGAGGGAAAGAUUUCUGGCAACAUCCUAGCUGGUGAUAAGUACUCUGUUGCUUAUCCCAGACAACCUCAAGAGGUUUUAAGGAUUGUGUAUGGCAGUGGUGAUGAGCAUGUUCCUGGUGGUUUUCAUCCUAAAGGAGGUGAUGGUCGCAUUGCCAGAUCUUUCUUGCCCAAGAAAAUAUAG